AUGGAUAUCUUCAAGAUCCUCUCGAGGUCUACUAAGCAACCGAAUAAGGCGUCUGCCGGAAAAGCCGGUUCAUCGGUCAAACUACCAUCCGCCGGUACUUCCAACAAUCCUCAGCUCUUCCACGAUGAGGCAACUGCAGCACGAGGAAAGAAGAGAAAGCGGGGCGGCGAGAAGACAGCAGGGAACCUUCAAAAUGGAGAAAACGAAGCUGAGGAGGAGGCCCCCAAUUUUUUUGCGCCGAAGUCUACGGCCGUGAAUACCAGGAGGAGGGAGUCUUCUGUGGACGAAAAGGAACACAACUCGAAUGCACCACAAGUUGCGUCACAGCUACCACCGACAUUGCUAGAUGAAGGAGAGUGUCGGCAAAUACUGCGAUCGCACCGAGUGAAAGUCACAGUUUUACCACCGGGGGAGAAGAAAAUAAAGAAGUCGAAGAAAGCAAAAACUAGCAAAACUACCUCGAGCGCAAAAGAAGAAUACAAGCAGUUAUAUCCGCAGCCAUUGACAACCUUUGAUGACCUCAGGAGCACAUAUGGAAUCUCAGGUCGAAUGGCAGAAAACCUGGCCCAGCAAGGAUACAAAAUCCCCACAGAGGUUCAGAUGGGAAGCUUACCACUACUUUUACAACCCGAAACGGCGCUCGGCGAUGCUGCAAUGGAAUUAGGAUUGUCAGAAAGUCGAAGAAAUAUCAAUUUAUUGUCUGUGGCUCCGACCGGAAGUGGGAAGACUUUAGCCUUCCUAAUACCCGUUGUGAACGGUAUCAUACAAAGACGAAGGCAGCACCAGGACAAGAGCGAACACAGCUUAGAUGCCAUCAUUGUUGCUCCGACGAAGGAGCUUGCAAGCCAAAUUGUGAACGAGGCCAAAAAGCUUAGCAUGGGAACCGGAGUUAAGGUGGUUGGGAUGAAAAAGGGCAUGAAUAUCGUUGAUGGCGGCGAUUCUGCUGAAAAUGCAGAAAGCUCAAACGACAGUGAAGAGGAGGAAGCCGAAGAGGGCCUUGAAAAGUCCAAGAAACGCUCCUCUCAACCUAUCGCGAAAGCUGAUAUUCUAGUAACCACCCCGGGGCUGUUGCUCAGCGCUGUUUCGGGGGCUUCAAAGGGGGGGCGUAGCCCAUUGCCCACCGUUCGUACAUUAGUACUAGAUGAAGCAGAUGUCCUCCUCGAUCCGCUGUUCAGAGAUCAAAUGCUCGGAAUAUGGGAUUCGUGUUCAAAUCCGGAGCUCUGCGUAACAUUGUGGUCAGCUACUAUGGGGUCGAAUAUAGAAACGCUGGCAGCAUCCACAAUACGCUCUAGGCGGACACAGCUUGGCCUGAAGGACGACACUCGCAUCAUCCGUCUCGUGGUAGGACUCAAGGAUUCAGCAAUCCCCAAUAUCACCCAUCGUCUUACCUACGCAGCCACGGAGCCGGGCAAGCUCCUUGCCCUCCGCCAAUUGCUCCACCCAAGCGCAAAAACGACAGACGCCACCCAAUCUCUUCGUCCACCCUUUCUCGUCUUUACUCAAACAAUCCCAAGAGCUGUGGCACUUCACUCGGAACUCCUAUAUGAUAUCCCCAUCGAGGCAGGUGGCUCCUCCCGCAUCGCAGUCCUACAUUCCGAUCUUUCCGAUUCAAUACGCGACCACAUCAUGACACGGUUUCGCAACGGCGAGAUCUGGAUUCUAAUCACGACGGACAUCCUCAGCCGAGGUGUAGAUUUCCGUGGAAUCAAUGGCGUUGUGAAUUAUGAUGUGCCCAAUUCCGGCGCGGCAUAUAUUCAUCGCGUUGGUCGAACUGGAAGAGCCGGUCGUGAUGGCGGUGUUGCCGUCACAUUCUACACUAAGGAAGACAUUCCAUAUGUGAAGAACAUUGCCAAUAUCAUCGCCGCAAGUGAGAAGCAAGCGGGGAAGCCACCAAGUGAGGCAAGCAUGCAGAAGUGGCUGCUUGAUGCGUUACCAACGCCAACCAAGGAAGAGAAGAAGAAUCUUAAGAAGUAUGGCGUUGAGGCAAGGCGGGAAGGAUUAGGAAGAGACGGCAAGGACAGAGGAAAGAAGGCAAUGUUGAUUAGUAGUAAAAGUGGCUAUGAGCGUAGGCUGGAACAUAACCGUAAGGGCGCUAUUCAAGGCAGCAGAAAUAGGAUGCAGCAGUCCCAGGUUGAAGCUGAUCCGGGAGAGGAGAGCGAAUGGGCCGGAAUUGACGAUUGA